GAAAUCGAUGUUAAAUGCCUGUAUGACUAAAAAGGAACGAGAAAAAGGGAAGGAAGUUGUAUUAUUAGAACUUUAAAUGGAAUGUAUAGAAAGAAGUAAAGGAAAUCUUCUUUUUCUCCUUGUCACUGUCAGCUGGCAUUUGUCUGGAAGAAGAAUGGCUGAUAAAUGGAUCAUGGGGCAUAUCAAGUGGCUCUUUGCGUUAACCAUUUGUUUUUCAGGGAAAAAUGCUUUUUGUGAAAUUUCCCUAAAUAUGGAAGACAGUGUGAUAGGAGUACGUGGUUUCUUUGUAAAAAUUCCCUGCACUUACAAUCCCUUCAAGGGUUAUGAGGAGGUUAAGGUUGAGUGGUCGUUGCCAUCUCAAGUGAUCAUUCAUCGCAUGGAGUCACAAGACCACAUCCCGCUUGUUAACUUCAGAGAAAGAGUGAAAAUCUCCAAUUCUCCAGGGGAUGUGUCCCUGACUAUCAUGAAAUUGAGUAUGAGUGACAGAGGUAACAUCAAGUGCAAGGUCACCUGGAAGAAAAAUGAUGGAACUUUGACUUUUAAGGAGGAUGUCACUGUACUUAAAGUACUCAGAGCAAAUUCAGGAUCAUCUGGGAACUUCAUUACUACAGGAGAACCAGACUACAAGACAAUAAAACCUGCAACUGAAACACCCAAAGAAAAUACCAUUACAACAACCCAUGAAGAACUCGAGACAACGAAACCAACAACUGAAGACCCUAAUGAAAAUAUAAUUACAACAGCACACACAAUGACAUCUACAACUCAAAACCCUAAAGAAAAUAUCAUUACAAUAACAUAUGAAGAACUGGAGACAACAAAUCCAGAAUCAUUUGGGGACAUCACGGCUACAGAAGAACCUGACAUCAGCACAACUAAACCUACAACUGAAAACCCCAAAGGAAAUAUCAUUACAACAACCCAUAAAGAACUGGAGACAAAAAACUCUCAUUUGGAUGAUGAAUUUCGUGAUAGUACAGUCAGUCCAAUGGAAAGAGCUGAACCUACAACUAUUAAGGAAUGUCAUGAAAGCACAACUGUGAUAGCCUUCUAUAAUACGAAUAUAUUUUAUACCAAUGUACCAAUUCCUCAAAAGGAAGGUUUUAGGAUACCAUUAAUUAUACUGAUAGCCAUUAUUAUAUGUGUUCUGAGCAUCAUUGCUGUAGUUAUUGUCCUUGUCAUCAAACAUAGGAAAACAAAGGGUUACAAAUAUGAAUUAUCCACGAUGAAUCAGUUAUCAGCUCUAGAAGGUGCUGGACACAGAUGUCAGGCAAACACUGAUGAAACAAGAGUUACUAACACCUAUGAACCGUGCAAUCCUCCACCGGUGUUGGAAUAUGAAGGAAUACUUGCCACUUUUUCUAAUGAAUAUGAAUCGCUUGUAGUUGAAAGGUCACCAGAUAAUAAUUGUUCUUGAGACAGCAAUUAAAGGGGUUGUCUGGGGACAGUUUGGGCUAAAAAGUAUACAAACAUAUGUACUCAUCUGUCAUAAUCCUCCAUCUUUGCUGUACCAACUAUGCCAAGUCCAUACUGCUUAUACUUUCUUGUCUCAGGUAGCAAACAACGAAACAUCCACUGGCAAAGUGGCCACUUCCUUGUUACUAUGAAGUGGUAAACAGCAAGGACCAAGCACCAUGAAAGAAAACAAUGGAACAUCUUUUGUCUAAUCCUAUAAAAAGUUAAGCGAGUUUGUGCAAGUUAAAGCUCAAUGAUAAUGCUGUCUGUAAAUAGAUUCACAGUAGCGAUUUUUUUGGUGCUUGCUUUUUUAUUUUUGUUAUAAAGUUAAUAUGAUGGAUCAUCUGAAGAUCAAAAAUGAGAAAUUAAGCAAAAAGUGUAAAUCCAGCAUAGGGGCACAAAAAAAUGUUGUUGUUUAUUUUAUUUAUUUUUUAUUUUUUAAAUAUAUUGGGGGAGAUUUAUCAGAACCUGCUUCUUUCAUUUUUCAAAUGGCCUGUGAAAAAUGAAAGAAGCAAUCAGCAUCUUUUCCUCUGGACAGGUUUCGAUAAAUCUCCUCAGUACAGAUAGUAAAUGAACAGCCUUUAAUAUUUUAUAGUCUCAAACUGUACCUCUGUGCCUUGUCUGGAGAGGUAUAAGAAGAUGCAUAUGCUUAUUGCUGUUCAUAUUGUGGAUGCAAAUCCGUACCUGGUGUGCAUGAAACUAAAAAGUCUUCUGAUUGUUUGGAUUUGAUCCAUUACGGUUUGUCAAACAUCCUUUUGGCUGUCUCACAUCUACCACAAAAUAUAGUAAAUUUAUAAUGUCAUAGAUGAAUUCUCAUUUAAAUGGGUUGUCUGGGAAGAUAAAAUUUUUUACACAUGGCCGAGUGUGCAUUAAAAAUAAAAAUAAGUCAUAAGCAACCAAUCCCCCACAGCUACUGUUCUCAUGCCUGGUGGUCCCCACUUCCACUUCUUGGUUCCUGUGAUCAGCAGUCUUAGCAGGAACUGUCAGCUCAGCUAACCACUGACUAAAGUGGGGAAAUGUUUACAGAUUUUGGGGUAGAUUUAUCAAAACCUGUCCAGAGGCCAAUCAGAUAGCCAAUCAGAUUGCUUCUUUUAAUUUCCAGAGGCGUUUUGAAAAAUUAAAGAAGCGAUCUGAUUGGCUGCUAAGGGCAACUCAGCAACUUUUCCUCUGGACAGGUAUGAUAAAUCUCCCCACAAAUUUAUAUAUAAAAAUAAUGUUGUAAUAUAAGGAUGUUUAAAAAUAAAUCUUGUAUCGACUGAAUACUGUUUUCUACUUCCUGAAAUAAACUAUGAUA